CUGCCUCCUCCCCGCUCCCCCGUGGCUUGCCCGGCCGCCACCCUGUACCCUGACAACCAUGUCGGGGCCCUCCCCGCCUGCGACGCGGCUGCCGUGUCGCCAGCGCCCGCCUCCGGGCACUCCGCCGGCCCGGCCUGGUGGAGCAUGAUGAACGGCGUCGGCGGCGCGAUAUACGAGGAGCCGCACGCGUCCCCCCCGGGCGGCUCGCCUCCCUCAGCGCCGGCCGCCGCCCCGCCGUCUGCCUCCAGCGCCUCACCGGCCUCCGUCGGCUCCAACCCUCCUCAGCCGCUCCACAUACCGGCCAAGCGGUACGAGCCCGAGCCGGGCGUCAUACGACACGCGCAGCAGUCCUGGGGCUACCCGCCUGAUGCACCGGCCUCCUUCGAGCACCAGUACCCUACGGCCCCGACGUAUUACAACCUCCCGGUGGAGAGGGAACGGAAGUCAGCGUUACCGUUCUGGCCGACGAGCGGUGGCGAGUACAAGCCGUACGCGGACGGCUGCCACCAAGGUUUCUCUCAGCCGUGUUGGAACUACCCGUACGGAGCUCCUCGCGGGGACCAGCCUCUGUCGUACGUGGGUGGUGAGGAGCGCCGGACCGCUGUCUCCGAGGCCUCGGGCUUCUCUCACGACGCCUACGGUCUCCGGAACUACGCGCCAGAGUCCGUGUCUAGCGCCCCUUACCCACCUCCGAGUGCUCUACCCGGAUCCCUGUCGAUGUCCGUUGGUGUUGGAGUCGGCUGCGGCUCAUCAAAUCCCCUAGAUUGGACCGGACAAGUGACUGUGCGCAAAAAACGCAAACCCUACUCCAAGUUCCAGACCCUCGAACUGGAGAAAGAGUUCCUGUUCAACGCUUACGUAUCGAAACAGAAACGAUGGGAGCUAGCGCGGAAUCUCAACUUAACUGAACGCCAGGUGAAAAUAUGGUUCCAGAACCGACGUAUGAAGAAUAAGAAGAAUUCCCAGCGGCAGGCGGCGCAGGCGGCUCAGAAUAAUAACAACAAUUCGAACGCUAAUAACCACAACCACCACGGUCACCACCACGCGCCCCACCACGUGGCGCUGCACCACGCACCGCCGGCCAAACACCACCAGUGA